AUGGACUACGGCAGUCCCCAAGACAUCCAGGCUUACUACGACGUGUCGUACUAUGGCUUGGGCCCGGAAGCCGAUCAGCCGCGAGCCGGCGAGCCGACUGACCUUCGCUGGUACGUGGCCAGCCAGAGACGUCGCUCGAGCGGUCAGACUCAAGUGUCGAUCUUCUCGGAGGACGAGCUGGACCGCUAUGCCACCAUAAGGUCGUCCGCCGCGCGUCCCGGAGUACCUCCCGGGUCCAACUACGGGGGACUGCGGCGCAAGUCUACCAACCUGGACAGGUACGUGAACCUGAGCGAAAGUGUGAACACGGUCACCGACUUGUCCGCGGUGUCCGAACAGCUUCUUCAGCUGUCCCAGCUGCAACUGCCACGCUACGUACCGCACCUGGCCCAGAUACCCGAGAUGACACCGCUGAGCGCAGAGCUGGCGCAGAGCAAAGACGCGACGGCGGCGUUCACCGAAACUGCGGCUCCACCGCCAACGCCGGUGCCUAUUCGAGUGCCGAAGGCGCCGGUGCCACACGUGGAAUCGCCCAUCAUCGUGGCAUCGGCGUUCGAGCAAAAAUCCGCAUAUUCUGGGAAAUGGACGCAACCUAACGUGUUCUCCCACUCGGCGAGUACGGUGAGGUCGGAUCCGGAAGAUAUCAACAAAGCGGCCGUCUCUAACGCAUUCAGGUCGAAAAAAAUGUUCCGCUCCGACGAGUGCGGAGAUCGCAACUGGGCGGUGCUGAGGCAAGACGCGACUGUGCACUCCCUGCCAGCAACCAGCGUCGAUGAGUUGGACGCCGUCCCGUUGCAAAAAACUAAGCCAGCCGAAAUGUCCUGUCCUGCCACAGUUGCCCGAGAAAAGACUGUUCCACAGCUACCGCCAGAAGAGUCUCUUCCAGAGCCACCGCAAGAAGAAUUUCUUCCACAGCUACCGCCGGAAGAGUUUCUGCCACAGUCACCGCCACUGAUCGGGAGUCCAUCCGACAGCUCUCAGCCUUCUGGAUCAUCAUCGGGAACGUCAUCGUCGGAGUCGUCGGGAUCGUCGAGCUACUCUUCGGAUUACGAAAGCGACACUUCGCAAUCCAUUUCCGCUUUCGGGGGCACAGUGUCUAAAUCCACCCGCGCUUCUUACAACGAGAAGCCUCCCGCUUCCAUCGCGGGAACGCCUUCUUCGGUGCCCAGGACGGUGUCGUCGACCACCAUGACCUACACCGCCGCGAAAUCCCCAGACACAACGGUGUCAUACGCGUCGAAGCAUUCUCCAGAAGUAUCGAAGAAGUCCGGGGGGCACCGGUCGUCGGCGAGGACUCCACCUUCUCAAGCGAGGACGCCUGCAGAAUUACUACGUUCUAAGUCGAAAACACCUCCGUCCAUCGCAGCCACGAUGAUACGCACCAGCUUUCGCUCGCGAUCAAAAACACCCGCAUCGAGCGCGAAGACACGUUCUUCGCCGAGAUCGCUCUCGAAGACACCGACGUCCAUAGCCAAGACAACUCCAAUAUCCACGAGGCCACCAACACCGGCAAACCCUACUCCUCCGCCGUCGCCAAAGACACCGACCUCCAUACUAAGGUCGCCUCAGCGAUCUUCGGCUAAGACAAUCGCGUCACAGCUCCAGGCUAUCGCUGCUGAAGACCAGGAACAGAUGAUUGAAUCUAUGAUACGCGAGUCGUUUAUCAAAACAUCUGAGUACGCGCUGCCAGUGCAUAUAUCGCAGCGAGGUAGCGAAGGCGAAAGAAAUCCAGAAGUGGACAAUGACGGCUUUCACAGCCAGCGAACCAUCAACAGUCAGGAAUCGAGGCUGCCUUCUGUUAUUCAACACUUCAGUCAGAAUAUGGAAAACAAUAACCGCGUGAGCUCGGGUCGCUUUCAGUCGGUCAUCAAGCAAACCUCGUACUUGCCUUCGCGUCAUUCGCUGAGUCAUGAAGAGGCUGUCACACCAAAGCUGAACCCUCACAGCGAUGCGCUUAUCCGACACGGAGUGGCGCAAGUGGUCAGGGUUCCGGUCACGUCAGUGUCCGUGCCUGUUGCAAAGGGUGCUCGGGCCACCAAAGAAUACUCCAUGGACGUUUCGUCCGUUUCCCGACUGACGCGACCAACGGCGGCUGCACCGAUGUCAGCGAGCUUCGUGCACUCCGUGGACACGUACGCCCAACCGAUAAGAGAAAGCCGGAGGCAUUUGCAGAAGCCGACGUCUACUCAGACGUCAACCAAGAGGAAGUCGCGUUCAUCCAAGGCCAUUCAACACCCCGAUCAAACAGAAUACAUCAAGCUCCCUCUUCCGGAAGGAGCACUUGAUUCUUCAAACUUCCAGUCAAGCGAGGGGUCUAGCGGCCGACCGCGCAUGAACCCUUCGAAGGACAGAGCCAAAACGGAUGGCUCGAUGCUCAUGCAUCUCUGCGUCGCCAUCAACGUGAUCCUGUUUAGUGCGCUUAGUGGCAUAGUGUUUGCGUAUUUUUUGCACAUGGGCACGAUAAGGAAGGUGUAG